GUGACCUGUAUCUUUAACGCCUUUUUGUCUUACACUGCCAUCAUGUUGAACAUUUUAACAAUUCUGGCGCUGAGAAAGACUUUUUCUUUGCCCAAGCCUUUAAAAACACUGCUUUUGAGUUUGGCCGUUUCUGAUCUUGGAAUCGGUUUGGUUGUCCAGCCUUUGCAUAUAUCACGUCUUGCCAUGGAGUUGCAAGCAGACACUGACAGCAACUCGUACCAUAAUAUUUGCAGCGCAAUACACAAAACAGGCGUUGUUUUCUUUUAUGCUUCUUUCCUUGGUGUUUCAGCCCUUACUGUGGACCGAUUCUUGGCGAUUCGUCUUCAUCUCCGAUACAAUGAACUUGUGACCCACAGGCGUGUCGUUGUUCUUGUGAUCCUGAUUUGGCUUUUCAGUGCUUUUACUUCGAUGGCUAGUGUCUGGAUUCCAAAAACUGUAAGAGUCGUCUUUGCUGUAGCUAUUGUUGCUCUUUGCUCCAUAGGUACAGUAUAUUUUUAUUGCAAGAUUUGGUUAGUGGCGCGACGCCACAAAACUCAAAUCCAAACACUUCAAGCCGCACACGGCAUCUCUCAACGUGACAGAACAUCUGAUUCACAUUUCUUGAACUCUUCUUUGAAGGCUGCGCGAGUUUCAUUUUUGGUGAACCUAAUUUUUGUGGCUUGUUAUUUACCAAAUACCCUUGCAAUUGCUACGGCUGCAAAAGGUAGCAAUGAACAAUCCGGGGUGGUAGAACAUUUGUCUCUCUAUACUUUGACAUUGUUGUUUCUUAAUUCUUCCCUCAAUCCUCUGAUUUACUGUUGGAAGAUGAGACAUAUUCGAUACGCCAUCAAAAGUAUUCUUCGGGAAAUUUUGAAAUUAUUUAAUAACAAUAAUUAAUGGAUAAAUAUCAACCAAAAUAAUUAAUAACAAUGUUAAUACCUGUACACACCGGUUCCGUUUUUUUUUUUUGCGAGAAGGCCAAAUAAAAGAUAUAUGGCCCCACGUAAAGUAAUCCAAGACAGUCUGAGACUCUGAAACCUUAAACUCAUUAAUAAUUCGUAAACAAAAUACAAAUGACAUUAAUGUUUAAUGAGUGUUUGGAAAUAAAAUGAAAAACUGCUCAAAAUCCUUUUGUUUGAGAAGUAAUAUCAAGCAUUCGACAGUGUUUCAUCACCAGAUGAAACACCUCGAAGUUCGUCAAAAAUAUUCCGGCGUAGACUUCAAGCAAAACUGAUGGAGAAUACGAAGUUAAACUAAAUAUUUUCGUUUAUUCUUUUUUCUGAGGCUUCUAGGGAGGACUGUAAUUUUUAUUUUGUGCUAACGGACACCAUUUGACCAAACAAAAUGUGAAAAACAUACAAGAUAACGCACACCACCUUUAAACGACGAAUGUUUAUUGGAAAUGGACUUUUAAUAUAAUUGCCUUGACGUUCAGAGGUUUUCAAAUUUUUAAAAGUCCAAAUUUACCCCAGUUUGCAACAUGUUUCAAAACGUCAGCAAUAAGGUUACAUCAUGUGAGUUUUAGGACCUUUGUUCGAUCCUUAUAAUUAAGCAGUUCCUUGUUGCAUCUUUCAAGGCCAUCUGGACUCCGGUUUUGAACACCUCUAAGAAGAGGCGUUCAUGGAGGGAGAGAGUCCUUCAUCCGACGUCUUCCUCAUAAACGUAAACUCAUUUAAGAAAGCAUGCCUUCCUGACUCCCCUUCCUUUCUCUUGGAAAAAAGGAGGUUAUAAUACACAAUGGAAGAGGCAGGAGAUUUCUAUCCCUGCCUCAUCAUAAACGUAGUAGUCAAUUUCUUCUCAUGUUACACAACAAUCAUGUUGAACAUUGCCUUAAUAUUCGCCCUUCGAAGGUCUUCAUCACUGCCAAAGACUCUAAAAGCAUUGAUCCAUAGCUUGACUGUUUCUGAUCUUGGUAUUGGAUUAGUUGCCCAGCCUUUGCACAUCGCUCACAUGCUUAUGCAAAUACCACAAACUGACGACAAGGCAACUUCUAAAGACAUAGAUAGAGCCCUGCGUCUCAUAGGACGCACCCUUGGUUAUGCUUCAUUCUUUGGUGUCACAGCUAUCAGCGUUGACAGAUUCGUGGCUAUCCACCUUCACCUCAAACACCAGGAACUUCUCACCUACCAAGAAAUUGUGACUUACAAGCGUGUUGUAGCUGCAGUAAUCUUAAGCUGGAUUCUCAGUGCUUGCCUAGCCCUAACCGAUGUUUUGAGCAGCAAAAAUGUUAGUGACCUUGUAGGGAUGACUGUGGCCUUUGUUUGUCUCCUUACUAUGGCUCUAAUCUAUUUCAACAUUUCCACAGUUGUACGUCGCCACAACGUUCGAGUUAAUGCACAGCCAGCCCAAGCAGUGGCACAAAACGAAGAAAGUCACUCAAAUUUCGAAAGACUGAGAAAAACAGCAGUUGGUACAUUUUAUGUAUAUCUGUUGAUUUUGGCCUGUUAUUUGCCAAUGACUAUUGUGAUCCUGACCGGACGACAGAAGAAUAAGAUGAAACAUUUGUUGAUUUACGCUCGGACGCUGUUAUAUUUGAGUUCAUCCCUCGUUCCUCUGGUUUACUGCUGGAAGUUUAGACACAUCCGAUGCGCUAUCAAGAAUAUUCUGCGCGACAUAUUCGCAAGUCAGAAUCAGAUUCAGCAAGGCUAAACUGUAUGUCUAUCUGUUGUUUUUGGCCUGCCAUUUGCCAAUCGUUAUUGUGAUCCUGGUCGGACAGAUGAAUAAGAUGAAUUUCAAAGAACAUUUCUUAAUUUACGCUCAGACGCUGUUAUAUUUGAGUUCAUCCCUCAUUCCUCUGGUUUACUGCUGGAAGUUUAGACACAUCCGAUGCGCCAUCAAGAACAUUCUGGGCAACAUAUUCGCAAGUCAGAAUCAGAUUCAAGAAGGUUAAAUUUUGCUAACUUAAUUCAGCCUUUGAAAAAUGACAUGACCUUCCUAGUCUGUAUACGCAUCGUGCAAGAAGUUAUAACGGUUUUCCUGUGUUAUAUUUAAACGAUAGACCUAAACAUUUGUUUGUCUCCCGAUUUAUUCGUUCCUGAUGGCCUUAUUAGUCCUUUAUUACAUAUAAAAACGUCAAACGUACUGUAACUUUUGCUAUUCGAUUUGUAUUAUAAAUUGCACUUUUAUUUGGGUGACAAAAAAAUUGGCAGAAGUUAGAACUUUAAUCUAAAAACAAUAGUAUGCAGAUAGCCUCGUACACCUGUAGCCUAUAAAUUGAAAAUUCUUAGUUUUCUAUAAUUAUCAUUUUUGAAUGACAUACGUGUAUAACAGUCUGACUUAAGGUAGAAUUUUCUGGCAAAUCGAUUACGAAAAUAUUAAUUUUAAAUUAAGAAAGAAUGAUGCACGACUUGUUAUGUAAGUAUUAGUUUUAUCUAAUGCAGGAAAGAUCAUGAAGAGCAAUCAACGUCAUCAUCCUUAACCGUUUAAACCCUAGGAUCAAAAUUAAAAUUCUCCUUAGUCGCCCCUAUUCAUUUACUAUAGAAGUAGUGAGGAGAAGAUGAUAAAAUAUCAAGCAAAUGCAUACUGUGUGAUGAUGUCCUAAAUUCUCAGCUAAAGGCCUCUGGAUAUCAGAUAAAACACUAAAUGUUGUGUUUGAUACAGCUUCUUCUUGAAGAAAUUCAAAGCAAUAAAAGUCCGCAAAAUUUUCUCGUAGUUAAUUUUCUCCAACCUCCGUUAAGGUAAUGAUUUCCUUGUUUUUGUUUUCUUUUCUUGAAUUAUUAAUAAGCUUAGGAAUACUCAAUCAACCUCGUUCUCCUUCGACAGAGGAAGUCGAGUUUAAGGACUCUGGAAACGAGGUCGUUAGCCAGACCACUGCAAUAAUUCACACGUCACCCCAAGGGUUGGGGAAAUGAAACAAUAGGAAUCACCUGGAAGUUCAGUCAUGAAUAAAUAUAUAUCCUUUGUUUUAUUGCCCCAAAACUCUGAGCCUGUAAAGACCACGAACACUUGCAUUUUCAAUGAAACAGUUUGUUUUAUAAUUGACACAAGGAUCAAUUUCUUUUUCUUUUAGGGGUAAAAUACAAAAGAAGUUUAAGUUAUUUUUGCUUUUAUCGAAGAGCAAAAAUUUAUAUUGUCUUGUGUUUGCUGUGAGAUUUCUAACACAUCAGUAGCAGUGCUAUUUCAUAUCAUGAUAUGGCGCUGAAAAGACAAUUAAUUUUUUUUCACAAGGCAGACGAUUACAAAAUCAUUCGGUCAUUGGCUUGAAGGCAGAUAAAACAUUUUAGAAUGGUUAAUGAAGCCACGUAGAUUAACUGCAACUAAAAUCGAAAAUUAAAAUCCAGCUUGAUAUAACCCCGCACCACAAGCAAUUUACGACUAGUUACGCCACAGGUUCCCCAAGCUCCGAAGUGAGAAUCGUCGUUGCGUAACAGAAAUCAGAAAUAUUAUAAGGGUUGGCUAGGGGAUUUUAGCGAUAGUUGGUCAGGGCACUAAAAUAAAAAAUAAAAAUACAUCAAAACUUCUUACCUUGCCUGCUUGUUUUAUUCAUAGUAUGUUCCUAGCAUUUCUGGCCAUUUCAGCGGGAUUCUAGCGAGUUCUACCUCUGCCGUUGUCCACCUGUUCUCUCUAUGCGAUGCUAAGACCAUACCAUGAAUAAAAAAGGGAAGCAAGGUAAGACGUUUUGAUGUAUUUUCAUUUCUAUUUUAGUGGCCUAAAUAACGAUCGCUAAAAUCCCCAUAUAAACUAAUAUAAUAGUAGUUCUGUUACGUACGUAACAACGAUUUUCUUUCGUGAGCUUGGGGUACCUGCGAUUAUUUGCUGCUUCCUCCGUUUCCUAUUAACACUAAAAAAGCCUUUAAUAUUCAAAUUUAAACCCUCAUUUGGUACACCUGUACGUUUUCUCCGGAAGUGGUUGAAAGAAAGUAAUUAUGGUGCCUUACGUGGAGAAACUUGAAAUGCUCAGUCCAUCAUUAUGAUCAGCUCGGCUGGCCAUUAAAAAAAAAAUAAACAGACAUCUCGUUAAUUGCCCAGCUCGGCAAGACGUUGAAUUGAACGCCCCCGCGCGCUGAGGCCCGUGUCCCUAACCAAUGCGUGUGUUGUUGAACACAGCCGGUGAUUAGCCUUAGAACAUUUUUUGGCUAGAAAGAAGAAUAACAAGGCGAAAAUAGUCGACCCCCAUGACUUUUGGAACUAUAAUCAAAGAAUGACGGAAUCUGGAGGUCUCUUUACAUCGCGCGCCGUGACCUGUAUCUUUAACGCCUUUUUGUCUUACACUGCCAUCAUGUUGAACAUUUUAACAUUUCUGGCGCUGAGAAAGACUUUUUCUUUGCCCAAGCCUUUAAAAACACUGCUUUUGAGUUUGGCCGUUUCUGAUCUUGGAAUCGGUUUGGUUGUCCAGCCUUUGCAUAUAUCACGUCUUGCCAUGGAGUUGCAAGCAGACACUGACAGCAACUCGUACCAUAAUAUUUGCAGCGCAAUACACAAAACAGGCGUUGUUUUCUUUUAUGCUUCUUUCCUUGGUGUUUCAGCCCUUACUGUGGACCGAUUCUUGGCGAUUCGUCUUCAUCUCCGAUACAAUGAACUUGUGACCCACAGGCGUGUCGUUGCUCUUGCGAUCCUGAUUUGGCUUUUCAGUGCUUUUACUUCGAUGGCUAGUGUCUGGAUUCCAAAAACUGUAAGAGUCGUCUUUGCUGUAGCUAUUGUUGCUCUUUGCUCCAUAGGUACAGUAUAUUUUUAUUGCAAGAUUUGGUUAGUGGCGCGACGCCACAAAACUCAAAUCCAAACACUUCAAGCCGCACACGGCAUCUCUCAACGUGACAGAACAUCUGAUUCACAUUUCUUGAACUCUUCUUUGAAGGCUGCGCGAGUUUCAUUUUUGGUGAACCUAAUUUUUGUGGCUUGUUAUUUACCAAAUACCCUUGCAAUUGCUACGGCUGCAAAAGGUAGCAAUGAACAAUCCCGCCGGGUGGUAGAACAUUUGUCUCUCUAUACUUUGACAUUGUUGUUUCUUAAUUCUUCCCUCAAUCCUCUGAUUUACUGUUGGAAGAUGAGACAUAUUCGAUACGCCAUCAAAAGUAUUCUUCGGGAAAUUUUGAAAUUAUUUAAUAACAAUAAUUAA